UCAGCCCCAGGGGUAAAAAGAACAAAUUGCACCUUGCUACCUCUUUGCUUUUCAGUUGUGCAUGUGGCUCCAGAGUGCAGAGCUCUAUUGGCUGACACAGAUAGUGGCAUUCAGCUCUGACCAGGGAGCCGGUUCCUAUCAGGCUCUUCUGCAGCCGUCCGAGUAUGAGAGAUAGCAGUUACAGAUAUAGAGUGAUUCACUUUUUUGUUGUUGUUGUGCAUGUGUAUCAUAGGACCAAGCUGCUCAAAGUAGGUGGAAGUGGAAUAAAUGGACUAUGCACGGUGACCGGAGGAUGAUGAACGUGUCUGCUCUGCUCUGUUUGCUGGCAUUUGUCACUCUCACUGUAGACUUAACUUUGUCUUUGGGGCCAAAUCAAGACACGGAAUUUACAUUUCUGUUACCUGCCGGCGGCACCGAGUGUUUUUACCAAACCACCACGAGGAAGGACAGCUUUGAAGUUGAAUACCAGGUGAUAGCCGGGUCUGGUCUGGAUGUCGGCUUCGCCCUCAUCUCCCCCACGGGACACCGGCUGGUCUCCGACUUCAGGAGAUCUGACGGCAUCCACACGGUGUCUCCCACAGAGGAUGGAGACUACCGGCUGUGUUUCGACAACAGCUUCAGUAAACUGUACGAGAAGAUCGUGUUCUUUGGGGUGAUCAUGACGCCCAACAGCCAGAGCGGCACAAGCAGAGGCCAAGAUGAGUGGGUGGACAUGGUCAUGACAGAGAACACGGUGGAGUACCAACUGGAGGACAUCCGGGCGAGGAUGGACUCUGUGUACCAGCGACUGGAGAGGAGCCGUCAGGUCCUGACCUCGCUGCGGGCCUCUGAGGCGCGGGACCGCUUCCUUCUGGAGGACAACCUGUGGCGGGUGUCCUUCUGGUCCUGCCUCAACAUGCUCGUCAUGCUCACCGUCGCCGCCGCGCAAAUCUACACCGUGCAGCGUCUCUUCGACGACACCAAGCGGACCCACACCUAGUGCUGCAGAAGUGAUUCACUGACCUCCGGCCAACAAAGAGCACCUGAACGUUUGACAGUAAAAGCUCAACUGACGUGCCUUGUGAGCUGAACUUAAAGGGAUAGUUGACUCUACAACUGACUCGUGCUCAUGCACUCUUUUAAUCACUGCCACAGGAGGAGGCUUGUUCGGUCACAUCAACAACUGAAAAUCAGUUUUACACUAUUGUAACAUGCAUACACAUAUCAACACCCACAGCACCGAUAUUUGUUAAUUAUGUCAUCAGGGAAGCUUUGAAAACCCAAAGCUGUUGUUUUAUUGAAUUUAAGAUUUUACAAUGUACAUCAACUCCACCGAAAUCUAUGACAAAACAAAGUUGUGUCCGAAAACUCCUGAUUUUUUUUUUUUUUUUUUUUUUAACCAAA